AUGGCGCGGAACUCUGAAAAGGCUCAGUCCAUGCUCUACCGAUUCCGUGAAUCCCAAGCCAUCGAGAUGGGCAUGGGAAACCGGAUGAAGGGAGAACGCAGACCACGUAUGGCCAGUAGUGUAACAUCGUUGAGGGAUUGUGAGAGGUUUAGAGGGGAUAUUUUGAGAGAGAUUAGUCGAAAGGUGUCAAAGAUUCAGGAUGCGACAUUGACGGACUAUCAAGUCCGAGAUUUGAACGAUGAGAUUAAUGGGUUGAUGCGUGAGAAGAGGCAUUUUGAGAAUCAGAUUGUUUCUUUGGGCGGUGCAAAUUACAAGCGAGGGAAUCAAGCCAUGUUGGACGAGGAUGGGAAAGAGGUACCAGGGACGAGAGGAUACAAAUACUUUGGUCGAGCGAAAGAUUUGCCAGGGGUCAAGGAGAUGUUUACAAAAAGCGCUCAACAGGCUACGGAGGAAUCUGCGAGAAACGCUUCGUUCCAAAUGUUCCGGCAUCAAGGACCAGAUUAUUACGGGGAUGUGGAUGAUGUGGAUGGAGGCUUGUUAGAAGAAGAGGACAAGCUGGCGAGGGAGGAAUGGGACGCCGCCGUGGCGAGGACAUCGGCGACACUGUCUGUGGACGGGACGAUACCGUACCCCUUGGAUCCGACAACUAAAGCGGGGACGAAGCGGAAAGCCAAAGGCAAGCCAAAGAGUCGAAGCAAGCGCAAGACGGGAGAGAACGAUGCAAUAGAGGAGGACGAAGGGGAGGAGGAUGGGGAGGAUAUCAGCGCGGCCAUUUCUGCAACGUUUGGAGGCGUGCUAGAUGCGCAGAGCCUGCACAUGCCCGAGGUGCCGACAAGGGAGCAAAUGGGAGAGAUCUUACUGGAAGUGAGGAAAAAGGCAUUGAGAGAGGAGUAUGGUGUAUAG